CCGCCUCACAAGUGCGCCGAUCGACCUCAACGCGGCGUCCGCCGUCGAAGCCACCGACCACGGAGGUGUCCUGCCGGCGGGAACCUUGGGAACUGCGGCUGCAGGCACAAUAGCCGCAGCAGUACCUGGACGGGACCAAGCAGCCCACGGAAGGGACGCGACAAACGUUCCCUCUCUCCUCCAAAAGAGAUUCUCCCGUGCGAUCUGGCCUUUCCACUUAGGAUCGGCUACCACGAAAGAGCAAGUAUCGCCAGGUCGGAGUGCAAGCACUGGGAAUUCUACCUUUACGGUUUACGACCCUAGAACCCGAUCCACAACGGCAUUGACUAGCACGGUCACCCGCAGAAACCACACACGGCGGAAGACGGGAUGCGUCGUCGGCAUACUCUCUUGCGUCCUGCUGGCGUUGAUGUUGGUCGUCGGGAUCGUCAAGAUCGCGUUGUCCCCUUCAUCUGCAGCCUCCAAACACUGCGUGGCCCACGCCUGCCGAGCCUACUCCCGCCAACUCAUCUCGUCCAUCAACCGAUCGGUGGACCCGUGCGUCCACUUCACUCGCUUCGUCUGCGAUGGCUGGCAGGGGCACCAUAACCUGGACGUCUGGGAAAAGCGCUUUCUGCACUUCAUCAACCGCCUGGAUGCCAGGCUGAAAAGCAUCGACGUCCCUGCAGCACGACAGAACGAAGAACAGCGGGCGGCCGCCGUCUACCGCAGCUGCGACAACGUGUACAGUGGCAAAAGCGACGAGUUGCCCGCAGUCAAAGCCGCGCUGGCUCUUGCAGGCAUCGUCUGGCCGCAGCCGUCCCGGGGGGCGGACGCUCUGUUCGCGUUGCUCUACAGUUCCCUCAAGCUGGGCUGGGACGCCGUCGCGAGCUUCCGCGUCGCCCCACGUUCCGGCGAGGCGGAGGACGAACUGGUCGUCACUCAAGGCACAUCUUUCGGCCUGUUGCGCGAGUGGUUCGCGCAAGAAAGAGCGACGGCCGUGCAGCGAGACUACUACGAAUAUAUUAGGAGCCAGUUUACCGGCGACAACGGCACGACAGUCGACGACGAGGUCUCGUACGAGUUCGUGUGGGACAUCGCAACGCCGGUAACGGACGCCCUCGGGCCUUUCUUUGGCUUCUCCGAAGCGGCACCUCUACCGGCCAACUGGUUCGCGAACUCAUACGGUGCAAUUCUCACGGAACCGCGCUGGAUAGACGCCCUGCGCCGAGUCGACAUCACCCUGCCUGGCGGCUUGCGAAUAUUGGCCGAAAACCGUCCCUUCUUCGAAACCCUACUCCGCAUGUGGGAGCACUACGGCGAAGACAAUUUCCACCUGUUCGUCUCGUGGUGCACGGUACAGGUGGCCGUCCUUUAUGCGAACAGGGGCCUCAUUCUAAACUACUACAGAGAGAUUCCCAACAGGGCGACACUGUACUACAAAGCCUUCUGCGUCAGCAGGGCCGUCUUCUUCUCGCAAGCAAUCAUCGCGAGAUACAGUGGUGACGUCCUCAAGGGUAGCGCAGCCGUGGUCGCAAAAGAAAUAGCGCUGUCCGUGCGUCUGGCCUUUUCGCAUCGUCUUUCCACCUGGCCUUACUACAACGAAAACGUAACGGUGGUCGCGAACUGGAGCUCGUUGGAGUCUGCCUUCCGCCACAUUGAAUAUGACAACGAAAGAAGAAUUGACGGUAUAGCGAGGGACGACAUGCCGGACAUGACCGACUCUCUUGUGGCGAACUGGCAGCAUUCGGUACGCUUGAAUAAGACACAGCAAACGGUGCAACUGGCGUAUGCGAUAAGGCGCCUGUGGUUCUUCUUCUCCCCUUUAGGCGAUAAUGAUUUUCACAUGAUGCCGUACACGCUGGCCUUCCCAUUUUUAGACCCGAAUCUACCGACUGCUGUUAACUUCGGAGGCUUCGGAAGCGAAGUGGCGACCGCCCUGGGAUCCCUCUUUAUCGGAUCUUACAUGGCAUACGGCAACGCGACUGAUGACUUCUUCAGCUGCUUGAAGUGGGGGCGAUCGGGCAAGAAUGACUACUCCGAAACAUCCGUGAGCGGCGUGUUCGGCUACAGGGCCCUUGUAGACGCGUACAGACGAGCUGCUCCCACUACUUUAGCCCUCAAGCAACUCGAGCACUACAGCGACAUGCAACUUCUUUUCAUGUCGUCAUGUUUUCUUAUGUGUCCCGGACGUGGCAGAGGACAGCAAAAUGAAUGUGAUUUGCUCGCACAGCACGUUCCCGAGUUUGCAGAAACCUUUAAGUGUAGCCAGGAGGCCAUCGUAAACACAACUGAGCAAUGUCAACUGCUCUAGAGAACUGUUGGCACAAAAAUGUGUUCGAUCUACUUGCUUGUAACAGGACCUCUAUGUGAUCGCAUGGCAUCGGAACCCUGUGCACAUUGUGAAUUUGCAUUCAUUGCGAACAUCCCUAUUCGCGCUCCUGAGGAAAUUGCACUUUCGUUCUCUCAGUUCUUAUGCUUCUGUGAAUCAGGAGGAAAAAUGGGACAUAAGGACGCUUCCUUUUCUUUUUCAAUGACAUUAACGCAGAUAUUCGUUGAGAAAAGACUGACACGUGCUAUGCCAUCGGGCUUUAUGCUUGGCUAUGCCUGAUUCUCUCUAUUUGUCUUGAUUAGAUCAUUUCGCCGUGCGUGAGCAUGCUCUCGUCUUCGUGUUGAGUAAAUCAGUUAUUUUCGCCUUUUUUUAUAUGCAUAAGGGUAUUUGUCUUCACCCACUGGUUGGUGCGGCAAAAAAAAUAGUGUAACUAUUUUGUGAGCUCAUUUAUUCAGGGCUGUGUUACGGGCACGCCAAACAAUAUGGUCCAUGUCGAUUAAGAUGGAGCUCCCUGUGGUACUACUGCACAGCUACCAUGUUAUUUCGUACUAUAUUAAUGCGACUAGCUUUCUUCGGGAGCACAUCCAGGUGGUGCAGUUUGUUUAUCCGUAUCUAACCUUUAACUCUGAACUUGUCACUGAGCAGCCGCUGAGCAGUCACUGAUGUGUAUAUUGGUUAAAGAAUCGGGUUGCUAUGCUUAAAGAGCCAGUUUUGAAAUCAACCGUCGGGCUAACUAGGGUCGCUGAGAAUGUGUCGAUCUCUCAUGAACCGCUUUGACGU